GUUGGAGAUAUAAUAUGUAGCGGUAAUUUCUUAAAGAAUUAACAAAUACCGAUUCAUGUAAUCCAUAAAAGGAAGCCUUUUCGAUACAUGACGGUGUGUUAAAGUAUACCCGAGGUUAUAGCUGACAUUUAGAGGAUAGUUCCACAAUUAUCUUGUCGAAACCAAUGUAACAUAACGCUAUUCAACUUGGUAAUCGCCGAACUGUUACCCAUGUUGUUUUUCGUAUUCAACUUCGAACUACCCCAAGAUAUGAUCUACCAUCGGAAUCCUCUGUGCGGAAUGAACGACGCGGAGCCGAAUAGUCGGGUUUAGUGUAUGUAAUCAUGAGACUGCCAGGUUCUGCCGCCAGUGCAUACCCCGCACGAUUCCUUGCUGGCGAUUGUUACCUGCCUUCGGCAUGUAUAUGAUUCGGCUGAAGCCGAAAAUGCACAUUUUAUAAAUGUAGAGGGAUCCCAGUUGUGACGUCUCUUGUGGGAGAUCUCAAAGUCUUGGAAUUGGAGGAGGGAAAACAGUAACAAUCUUAAUAAGAAAAAAAACAACUAGUAGCAACAUGCCCGGUCUCAUCCAAGAAUCGCCAUUCAAGACCAUCACGGUCCAGGAGCUACAUCCAACCUUUGCGGCGGAAGUAAGCGGAGUUAACUUCCAAGAUGUAUCUGAGGAGCAGUUCAAGGAGAUCAUUGCGGCCAUGGCCAAGUACGGCGUAUGCGUCUUCCGCAACACAGGCCUCGACGACGAAGCACACGUGAAAUUCUCCGAGCGACUCGGCGAACUCGACAACAUAAAGCGGUAUCUAGGCGCAGGCCGCAAAGCCCGCUACGACCUGUACGAACUCUUCGACGCCGGCAACAUCGACAGCGAGACCGGCGGAGUCCUAGACCCGAACUCUGCACGCGCGCACUCGAACCGAGGGAACGGGUUAUUCCACGCAGACUCGACCUUCAACCCACGGCGGGCCUCCUUCUCACUUCUACGCGCGUGUGAAUUACCCCCUCCUGGAAACGGUGGAAAUACCGAUUUCGCCGAUUCGCGAACGGCGUUCGAUGAGUUGCCCCAGGAAUUGAAGGAGGAGUUAUUGGCGAAUGAUUAUGUGGGCGCGCAUUCGAUGGCGCACUCGCGGAAACUGGGUUCUCCUGAGUUUUUCGCAGAUGUGGAUCCUACGACGGGCCCGAUGCAGCGGCAUCGCAUAGCGCAGGUGCAUGAGCCGAGUGGGCGGAUGAAUUUAUAUAUCGGUGCGCAUUUACACCACAUCGAGGACGCUGACGGAAAUGAGAUCCCAAAUUCUUGGGAGUUGGUGGAGAAGUUGAAUAAACAUGCUACGCAGAGGAAGUACACUACUACGGUGCAGUGGGACAGGCCGAGUGAUAUGAUUAUUUGGGAUAAUAGAUGUGUGCUGCAUCGCGCUGGGGGUGGUGUGUUUGAGGGCAAGUAUAGGAGGGAUUUGAGAAGGACGACGGUACAUGAUGAUAGUCCGACGGCGUGGGGAUUGAAUUCGAAGGAUCAGGUUUGGAAGGGAUUUAAUGCUCAGGCCGCGCCGAAACAUGCUGGUGCUGUCGGGGUGUAAUUUGUUCUUACUAUGCUGGCGAGUAAUCUCGUAGUUGAUGUAGUUAUAAUUCUUUUCAUAUUUCCUGCAAUGCCAUGGUCUACUACAGUAUCUAUGUCAGUGUCUACCCAAGAAGUCUUGUAUCAUAUUGUUCGCCUGGCUCGAAUAGUAUUAAAUUUGGUAUUUUAUGGUGAAGCUACCUUUUGAGGGGCUUACUCUUGUAACGAUUGAGUAGAGCACUUUUAGAGCCUGGGGU